AGAGAGAGAGAGAGCGAAGCGUAAGGGGGGAGGCGAGCGGCUAUAGACAAAGAACACCGGGAAAGAAAGACAGCGGCGGGGCUUUUCUUCAUUAACGGACGGGGUGACGCAGAGAGGAGUGAUGGCGGACGCAGAUUUGGAUUUCCAGACGGGCGAUGCUGGCGCCUCGGCCACCUUCCCCAUGCAGUGCUCCGCGCUGCGCAAGAACGGCUUCGUCAUACUCAAGGGCCGGCCCUGCAAGAUCAUAGAGAUGAGCACCUCCAAGACUGGCAAGCAUGGCCACGCCAAGGUCCACAUGGUCGGGAUCGACAUCUUCAGUGGAAAGAAGCACGAAGACAUCUGCCCUUCAACUCACAACAUGGACGUGCCGAACAUCAAGAGGAACGACUACCAGCUGAUCGGGAUCCAGGACGGCUUCCUCUCUCUGCUCCAGGACAGCGGGGAGGUGCGGGAGGACCUGAGGCUGCCUGAGGGAGAGCUGGGCAAGGAGAUUGAGAGCAAGUAUGAGGCAGGGGAGGAGAUGCUGAUCACUGUUCUGUCCUCUAUGAAUGAGGAGUGCGCCGUCGCUAUCAAGGCCAUGACUAAAUAAACAGCACAGGAGCUGUAAAGAGAGGCGCUGGAUCUCAAACCGAAGGCCAGAGAAACAGCAUGGCUACGGUUAGGGUUUUCUUGCGAGUUGUCUUUACGCUGGAGCCCCCGUGGGAGGAAAUAAUAAAAAAUAAAGAAAUACAAGAAACUGGCUCCUCCCCCAAAGCCACAACCCGUUUUAUCAAGAAGCUUAUAAAACCGAGUCACGGUGUCAGCCAUUUGGGCUCCUGCUGCUGUGUAGUUAACACACAACGCCUGCUCUGUGGUAGAGCCUCAGUGAAGCAGUUUCUUACCCUCCUGUACUCUACCAGCCUCAAACCAAGCCUGAGGAAAACAGAAUUUUUUUUUUGCCUGCUUUGAAAUCCUUUUAACCAGCAAACCCCAGCUAUGGAAACACACACAGCUCUAGCCAAAAGUUUUGCAUCAUCUAGAGUUAUAGGACCGAGACACAUAAUAAAAAAAUA